AGAAACUCAACUCCACUUGUGCUGGGUUCACUAUUCUAGUCUUCUCUUCUUCUUGCUCUACUUCCUCUUCUACUACUUUGAACCUCCUCUGUUUCAGUUCCGGUCCAUCCAAUUGAUCCCUCUUGUUUCUCGUCUCUCUUUCCUGAUCCCAACGAUGAGAGGAUCUGUUUCUCCGCCUAACCGUGAAGAAGAAAGUGACCUGAGAAGGGGGCCAUGGACUCGUGAGGAGGAUAACCUGCUCCUCCAUUACAUUGCUCGCCAUGGUGAGGGCCGGUGGAAUCUAUUAGCCAAAUGUGCCGGGUUGAAGCGGACCGGAAAGAGCUGCAGACUGAGAUGGCUUAAUUACCUGAAACCCGACGUGAAGCGCGGGAAUUUGAGUCCCCAGGAACAGCUUUUGAUCCUUGAACUUCACUACAAGUGGGGUAACAGGUGGUCGAAAAUCGCGCAGCACCUUCCCGGGAGGACAGACAAUGAGAUUAAGAACUAUUGGAGAACAAGGGUACAGAAACAGGCGCGCCAGCUCAACGUCGAGUCCAGUAGCAAGCGCUUUCUGGACGUGGUCCGACUUUUUUGGAUGCCAGCAUUACUCCAGAAGACGAACUCCCAUGACUCAACAACGUCAUCAAUACCGUCUUCAAUCACUUCUCCGUCAACUUCAUCGAUCUCUCCUCCAAGUCAAGAUCUAAUAAAUCAAGAACAGCUUCCGAACGGCUACAAUUCCUAUGAAAUUUCAAGUUCUUCGCAAAGCCAACUAAUUCUUUCCCCUGACUUAGGGAAACCAUCUGAGCAGAGAGAAAUUGCUGAAGCCCCAAUUCGAGCGGAUGAUAAUGUUGAAGGCCUGAUCAGUUCCUACGACCAAAGUUUUGAUGGCAAUUACUUCAAUAACAUGGGAAGCCCCAGCUACAACAUCGAUGGCAUGGAUGCCAUGCCAGCCUUGGGCGUUCAUGAUUGUACACCAUCUUUUCUUUGCCAUGUCGAUGAAAAUGACAUCGUGGGUCAUGUCGUGGAAGACAGCUUUUGGACCACAGGUGGCUUAUGGUAGAUUAUAUAUAUGCAAUGGGAAAUAAUGAAAAAGAGAUGGGCAUGCGUGAGGGUGGAUCUUGUUAUUAGAGGUACGAUUUGCCCAAAAUGUAGAUCAAAAUUAGACAUUAUGCUAAUCUUUUUUCGAUUGGGCUUCAUAUAUGUAGUUAAGCUAAGAGAGAAUCCAACUAAUCAUAAUGAUCGAUAGAUGAUUUAUGUAAUUACUAGAAUCAUAAAUUAUAACGUUCGUUAUGUAAGAAA